CGAGGACGCAGAAGCAGUAGGCGGGCAAAAGUUUGCAAAUCCAAAAUUAAAGUUAAUGAAAUGAGUAACAAAAUGUGAGAGUAGCUUUUCUGCCAGGAUUUCAGUAGUAUGGGGCUAACAUGACGCAGUCAGUCGUUGUCCAGGUGGGGCAAUGUGGAAACCAAAUCGGCUGUAGAUUCUGGGAUCUGGCACUGAGAGAGCACGCCUACGUUAACAAAAAAGGACGUUAUGAUGAAGCUAUAGGAAGUUUUUUCCGAAAUGUGGAUUCUAGGCAGAACUGUGGUGUCCGUGUUGGUGAGAAAAUCCAUCAGCUGAAAGCUAGGGCUGUGCUGGUGGAUAUGGAGGAGGGUGUGGUCAAUCAGAUCCUGCAGGGGCCACUCAGGGAUGUGUUCGACAGCACACAGCUCCUCACUGAUGUGUCUGGCUCUGGUAACAACUGGGCAGUGGGCUACAUGACGUAUGGCUCUGCAUACAGAGAGCAGAUUGUAGAAAAGCUCAGAAAGACGGCUGAGCACUGCGACUGUCUGCAGUGCUUUUUCCUCAUCCACUCAAUGGGAGGAGGAACAGGCUCGGGCCUUGGCACCAGAGUCUUGCGCCUUCUUGAGGAUGAGUUUCCUGAAGUGUGCCGAAUAGUGACAUCUGUUUAUCCAUCAGAGGAGGACGAUGUGGUCACCUCUCCUUACAACAGUGUCCUGGCCAUGAGGGAGCUGAGCGAGCAUGCUGACUGUGUCCUACCUGUGGAGAACCAAUCUCUGGUGAACAUAGUGAACAGAAUCAGUCGCUACAGUGGAAAAGCAGGCUCAACAAUGAGAAUGGACAGUGCCGUUAUUUCAGGCCAUGGGGGGCUGUCAGCUGGUAAGAAGCCCUUUGACACCAUGAACAACAUUGUGGCCAACCUCCUGUUGCAUAUGACCAGCUCAGCACGAUUCCAGGGCUCUCUCAACAUGGAUCUGAACGAGAUUCCAAUGAACCUGGUGCCCUUUCCACGGCUACAUUACCUGGUCCCCAGUCUAACUCCACUUUACACCUUGGCAGAUGUUAGCAUGCCCCCCAGGAGACUUGACCAGAUGUUCAGUGAUGCCUUCAGUAAGGAGCAGCAGCUGAUUGAAGCUGAGCCGAGGCACAGUCUGUACCUGGCCUGUGCCCUCCUGCUGCGGGGAAACGUGGGAGUGUCGGAUUUGCAGAGGAACAUCCAGAGACUGAGGCCCACUUUGCCUUUCAUCUGGUGGAACCGGGAGGGCUGGAAGGCGAGUCUAUGUUCUGUACCACCAGUUGGACACAGCCACUCCCUGCUGGCUCUGGCCAACAACACAUGCCUCAAAGCCACCUUUAGCCGACUCCAUGAGCGCUUCAUGAAGCUCUACAGGAAGAAGGCUCACCUUCAUCAUUACUUGCAUGUAGAGGGGCUUGAGCAGAGUGCCUUUUCAGAAGCUGUGUCCUCUCUGAGCUCACUCAUCGCAGAAUAUCAACAGCUGGACAUAACCAAAGACAGAAUAGUACCAAACGCUCCUCGGCUUGGUAUUGCCACAUGAGCCCUGUUCUGCUGUAUAUUACUAUUUUUGUUCGUCCUACACGCUACACUAAUUUAACUUUUCUUUUUCCCUACACAAAUCUUUUUGUUUAUAAUAUGGCCCUCCGGGUUGGCAGCUCAAAUUUGUAUUACAUCCUUUAACCUUCCCAUCUGUUUGGACUGAGUAAAAACAACAGAACACAUUCAUUAAAAUGUUGAAAUCAUUUUUAAUAAAUACUGUGAAAAUGA